CCAGAGUUCAUCGAGGGAGUCUCACAGUUCAGCGUGAAGGGGGACAAAGAACAGAAGCUCCGGUUCGCUUUCAGGAUCUACGACAUGGACAAGGACGGCUACAUCUCCAACGGCGAGCUCUUCCAGGUGCUGAAGAUGAUGGUGGGCAGCAACCUGAAGGACACGCAGCUGCAGCAGAUCGUGGACAAAACCAUCAUCAACGCAGACAGAGACGGAGACGGAAAGAUAUCCUUCGAAGAGUUCUGUUUAGUGGUCGGCGGUCUCGAUAUACACAAAAAGAUGGUGGUGGACGUGUGAGCGCUCCCUGCUCGUCGA